AUGGAACCCGAAUUCUCCAAUGGUACUCAAUUUCCAUCAAACUCAGUGCCGGAUUCGAUCUUGACAAUUCCUGUUCUGCCAGCAGGAUAUUCCCUUUUAUGGAUUCCAACAACUAGAAAGUACAAGGAUUUGCCUCUUUUUAGACCUAGAUCGGAAAAACACAAAUGUGCUGCAUAUGGUUUUGGAUAUGAUGAGCUCCAUGAUGAUUAUAAGAUAGUUCUUAUUUCUUAUAAUGAUAUUAUUCGCAGUUCAGAUGAUGUUAUGGUCAAAGUAUAUAGUCUAAAGAGUGAUUCUUGGACUAGUGUUGAUUAUUGUGAUGAGACAUUCUAUAGGAAAAAGUGUGCUGGUUAUUAUGAGUAUAGAUUAAAUUGUGGAGGUUUGUUUGUGGAUGGGAAGCUUCAUUGGGAUGCUUAUAUUUAUGAUCCUGAAUUUGAUCCAGUUGAGUAUUCAGGUAGGAACAUUAUUUCUUUUGAUUUAGCUAAUGAGAAAUGGGAAAAGGUGGGGAAGCCCUCCUAUGGAGAAGGAGAGACUGAAAUGUGUGUGGUAACGUUGGGAAGUGAUAUAUGUGUUUUUACUGAUUAUAAGACAACUCAUUUAGCUGCUUGGGUUAUGAAGGAGUAUGGUAAUAAAGAACCUUGGAUAAAGAUGUUUACCAUCACACAUCCAACUAAUCCAAACUGGUAUCCAACCUUUUUCGUGUCAAUUAAAGGUGAAAACUUGAUGGUGUUAAUAUGGAGUAACUUCCAUGAUAUACAUUUCCAAAGGUGA